GGACAUCAAAACAUCCAACUAAAGUUAACGGCUUAUGGAUGGGCCCAAUACUUGUCUAAAGAGCUGCUGGUUCGACCACAUACCCAAUAUGUCCAGAUGGGCCAAAAUCGACACACAUAAAUAUUAUGACACAACUAUGGAAGAAAACCUAGCCAAUUGCUCUUCGUGCAGGUCUAAAUCGCCUCAACGCAGCUACAAUGGCGACAGCGAGAACUGUGAAGGAUGUUUCCCCGCAUGAAUUCGUUAAGGGUUACGCCGCUCAUCUCAAACGAUCUGGCAAGAUGGAGCUUCCUGAAUGGACUGAUAUCGUGAAGACUGCGACCUUCAAGGAACUUGCUCCUUAUGAUCCAGAUUGGUAUUACAUCAGAGCUGCUUCAAUUGCUAGGAAAAUAUACUUGAGAGGUGGUCUUGGUGUUGGUGCACUACAGAGGAUCUAUGGCGGACGUAAGAGAAAUGGAAGCGCUCCACCACAUUUCUGCAAAAGCAGUGGUGGAAUUGCUCGCCAUAUCCUUCAACAAUUGGAAACCAUGAAAAUCAUCGAUAUGGAUCCCAAGGGAGGAAGAAGGAUCACAUCUAAUGGUCGACGAGACCUUGAUCAAGUUGCAGGGCGGAUUGUGGUUGUUGCACCUUGAAGAAUUCAAAUAAUUUUUGAUGUUAUGUAGCUCUAUUAUGAAUCUUAACUUUAAAAAAAUUUAAAUCAAAUUUUGUUUGAAGAAAUCUUGUUUUCAAUUUUGAGUUGUUUGUGUUUUGGUGGUAUUUCUGAGAAUUUGUGGAUUUGGAACAUGAGUACAUGUGAUCAAUCACUUAACUACUUAAGCUCUAAUCUUGAUACUUGAAUUAAUACACUUCAAUGAGGAAUGAUUUUGUAGGAUUAUGUGAAGAGUAUGGAAUUGAAUACUCAUGAUUUUUAUAUACAUGGACCAUGGUAGAUGCCUUAAUAGUCUUGUUCCACUCACUUAAAGUAAAUGAAAUGUUUAUAUAUGUUUUUGUUUGGUGUUGCCAUGUUAAUUUUGUAGAUGAUCCAAUAAGAAGAGAUAAGAUCAAAGUCAUUGAAGAUUAUUUGUAAUAAUUG